AUGUCGCGCAACCAAGGCAUCAUGACGGGCACAGGCGGACGCUCGGAACUCCUCCAGACCGGAUUCACGCAAAAGGCGUUUACAGCGCUCAUCGAGCAAUACCCCGACGAUGACGACGUGCAGCAAUACAUCACAACCAGCGCCGCCUCCGUUAUUCCAUUUAUAGAGAAUGCUACCUAUGACGCCUUGUCGUACCCAAUGGACCGGCUUUCCAACGGAAACGCGCUGCUGGCUCUCUACGAACAGACAGGCAACACAACAUAUGGCAAUGCGGCGGAUGCGCUGCGCCGGAGCAUCGAUUUGAAUCGCAGGAAUGAGGAGAGUGGGCUGUGGUACUACGUCUACCCCUACUGGAGCUAUCUGGACGGCAUGUUCUCACUUGCGCCAUUCUACACCAUCUCCGCACUACCGUCACAAGGUAACGGGACAGAAAAUCUGACGGCAUUGGACGACAUGCAACUGCAGCUCGAUCUCCUGUGGCAGCACUGCCGGAACGCUUCGUCGGGGCUUUUGGUGCAUGGGUACGACGCCACCCGGAUGGCUGUCUGGGCGGACCCCGAAACGGGUUCGAGUCCGCACGUUUGGGGCAGGAGUCUGGGAUGGUAUGCCAUGGCCUUGGUGGACACCCUAGACCUCCUUCCGAGCUCGCCGGCCAAGUAUAAAGAUCGGCUGCUCGAUAUGUUCCAGGACCUCGCUGGUGCGCUGGUUGAUGCCGUCGACCCGCUGACAGGAGGUUGGUGGCAGGUUUUGGAUCAGCCCGGCCGUGAGGGCAACUACAUCGAGUCCAGUGCAAGUGCCAUGUUCUCUUACGCUCUACUUAAAGGCGUGAGACUGGGAUACCUCGCGACCGACUCCGAGGCCCCGACUGUUGCAGCGCGAGCGCAUACGUACUUGACGAGUGUGUUUGCGGUCCGGGAAGCGGAUGGGACUCUGGGGUACAACGGGACGGUAUCGGUGUGCAGUCUGAACUCAACAGCGUCAUAUGAGUACUACGUCGGACAGUCUCUGGACUACAAUAGCGUGCUUGGGUCUGCGGCGUUUGUGCUAGCGUCGCUCGAGGUGGAGAGAAGCCAUAAUGUGUAA